UCCGAGUGCUGCGGCAGAGUGGGUGUGUGCAGGCAGGGCUGUAUAUCCAGUCUGACGGAGGGCGUGUCGGCUCACACACCAGAGCGGAGCCCAGGGAAGGAGCACUGAGAAGCCAGCGGCACAGGGACGCAUGGCAAGGGGCACUUCUUGAGAUUAAACCCAGAGCUCCAGUUGUUACUGCUGUCUUGUCCCAAGUGCAGUCUAGUGAAGUUGAGCCCCCCCAAUUCUAUUUGCCACCAUGCUUCACUCCCCGCUGAAAACAGCUCUGGCUUAUGAGUGUUUCCAAGACCAGGCUAGUUCCACCCUGGCCUUACCCUCGGAUCACAAGCUGAAAACUAAGGGCACUGGAAAACAGAGGGUCCAGGAGCAGGUGAUGAUGACAGUGAAGCGUCAGAAGCAAAAGUCCUUGUCUUCGAGCAUGAGCCACUCCAACCGAGGUUCCAUGUAUGAGGGUCUGGCUGAUGGCUAUGCUUAUGGGACAGGCCGGGGCAGCUAUUAUGCCAAAAACCAGACAGGAAACGGCACCUGGGGAUAUCCGUUGUACAAUGGGACCCUUAAAAGGGACACAGAGAAUAAACGCUACAGCUCUUACAGCCAAAUGGAAGGCUGGGGCAGCAAGAACUACAACAAAAUCUGCAACACCCCCAGGGCCGGCAGUGACUACUGCUUUGUUCAGAACAUGAAGACCAGCCGAAGCGAGCCUGACCUCUGCUGUGAGCCAUCCCGGGGCACCCUUAAGAGAAAUCAGGGAAACCAGGCAGGGCACAAAGUGACCCUGAAUCGCCAAAGCAUCUACAGCAGCUAUAGCACUCAGCAAGGGACUACUAGGACAAAUAAAAAAAUGGCAGCACGUGCUCUCUCCUGUCCUUCAAGCAAUAAGCAGGAGGUGGUAUAUGCUGAGCCUAGGAUGAGCGGCAAGCAGGAGAUGGCAUACACACGGUCUCAGUCCAGCUCCAAAAUAUGCAGUGAUGAGCCAGACUAUGGUACCAUGACCAUCCAGAAAGCUAUACAGUUCCUGUGCUCCUCAGAUGAGAAACAUCAAGCCAUGGGUGCUUACUACCUCCAGCACACCUGCUUCCAGGAUGAAUCUGCCAAGCAAGAGGUCUACCGGCUGGGUGGCAUUGCCAAGCUGGUCGAACUCCUCCGCAGCACAAACCAGAAUGUCCAGCAGGCUUCAGCCGGGGCUCUUAGAAACAUAGUCUUCAGAAAUCCCAUCAACAAGAUAGAAACCCGACGGCAGAAUGGAAUCAGGGAGAGUGUGAGCCUUCUGAGGAGAACUGGGAACACUGAAACACAGAAGCAGCUGACAGGGCUGCUAUGGAACUUGUCCUCCACGGAUGAACUGAAAGAAGAGUUGAUACAGGAAGCCCUCCCUGUCUUGACAGAUUGUGUUAUUGUUCCUUUCUCUGGCUGGUCUGAUGGCACCAGUAAUAGGACAAGAGAAAUUAUUGACCCAGAGGUAUUCUUCAAUGCCACAGGCUGUUUGAGGAACCUGAGUUCUGCAGACAUGGGACGCCAGACCAUGAGAAACUACCCUGGCCUGGUUGAUUCAGUCAUGACUUAUGCCCAGAACUGUGUGGCUGCUAACCGACCUGAUGAUAAGUCUGUGGAGAACUGCCUCUGCAUCCUGCACAAUCUCUCCUACCGCCUGGAUGCCGAGGUGCCCAAUAAAUACACCCAACUCAACCACAUGGCCCGGAAUGCCUCCAUGGACCGAACUCUCACAGGCUGCUUCAACAGCAGAGGAGGAAAACUGGAGGAAGAUGAGUAUAAUGUCCCUCUGCCUGAGGAGGAUUACAAACCCAGAGGAGCCAACUGGCUUUACCAUUCUGAUGCCAUCCGCACAUACCUGUCCCUGAUGGACAAGAGCAAGAAAGACUCCACCCUGGAAGCUUGUGCAGGAGCUCUGCAGAACCUCACUGCAAGCAGGGGACUGAUGUCUAAUGCAAUGAGCCAGGUGAUUGGUUUGAAGGAAAAGGGAUUGCCUCGUAUAGCACGGCUUCUCCAAUCCAGCAGCUCUGAAGUUGUCCGAUCUGGGACUUCCUUGCUGAGCAACAUGUCCCGACAUCCUGUUCUCCAUAAAACCAUGGCUCACCAGGUGCUUCCAGAUGUGUCGCGUCUCCUGUCCUUCCAGAGUGCAAACACCAACACCUAUGGAGAGAUCAUGUCAUCAGCUUGCUACACUCUGAGGAACCUCAUCAUGUCCAACCCACACCUGGGCAAAUCCUACUUGACAAGCAACGUGAUAAAUAAUGUAUUAAGCCUCUGCCGAAAUGGCUCCUGCCCAAAAGCCGCUGAGGCUGCUCGUCUCCUACUGAGUGACCUUUGGUCAAAUAGGGAGCUGCAGAGUGUGCUCAAACAGCAAGGAUUUGAUAAGAACAUGAUGGGAUCCUUAGCUUCGACCACUUUCAGGACCCUGUCCUCCAGAUUUUAGAGACUUCCAGCAGAAGAUGAAGCUGCAGGGUUUGUCAUUGGUUCAUGUCUGGGAAGAUCCAAUCCACGAGGGAUUAGGCAGGACAUUAAAGAUAUACAGUGUUUCUAGAGUUAAGCUCACCUGUAAAGAUAAUCAAGUACAACAAUUUUAUGUGGACGAUACUGAUAUUUUAAAGCAUUUUCUUCAUUUCUUAGAGGGGGUGGGGUGGGGAGGGGAGUUUUCAGUU